AUGUUGAAGGUCGCUGCCAUACUGUUGGGUCUCCCUGCCGCCUUGGCUCAGAACAGUACGUGCUGUCAAGCUCUCCAAGGUGCUGGGCUAGCCCACGUCUUGUAUCCCAACUCGACAGAGUACUCCAACCGCACUGAGUCGUACUGGUCCGUCAGCGCGCAACUAAGUCCGUACUGCAUAGUGCAGCCAACGUGCACUUCGGACGUAGUCAAGGUAGUGAAUACACUCGUGGCAGGUGCAAGCUGUUCUUCGACAAAGUUCGCUGUCCGCUCUGGAGGACACACGGUAUGGGCAGGCUCAAACAACAUCAACGAUGGUGUAACAGUCGAUCUGGGCCUCAUGAAAGAUGUUUCGCUUGACAAGAACGCUUCAGUCGCUUCAAUUGGACCAGGAGCAAGAUGGAUGAAUGUUUAUGCAGCACUGGAUCCUGAUGGCUGGACUGUUCCUGGGGGAAGGGCCGGCAGUGUCGGCGUUGCUGGUUUUUUGACUGGUGGAGGCAACUCAUUCUUUACUGCUCGAAAGGGCUUUGCAUGCGACAAUGUCAAGAACUUCGAACUCGUUACUGCAAAUGGUGAGGUAGUGAAUGCGAACGCAGAUGAGAACCCCGAUCUCUGGCAGGCUCUGAAAGGUGGCUCUGCUGCCAACUUCGGCAUCGUUACCAGAUUUGACAUGUUCGCCUUUCAAACUGGCAACCUGUGGGGUGGCACUGCGACUUACAACAAGUCGGCCACUGCUGAGCAGAUUGCAGCCUACGUCAAGUGGACCGACAAUAUCAACAACUAUCCUGAUGGGAGCUCUAUCAUAUUCUGGAGUUACUUGCCUGCCAUGGCUGACAUUGUGAUACUGGCUGCAUACGAGGACACUCAGGGUGACGAGGCACCGGUCGGGUUUGAUGACUUCAUGGCCAUCCCCCGUAUCGCUGAUACUCUGAGGAUAGACAGCCACAAGGCACUGACAGAUGAGCUCGAGCAAGCUACUGGAUAUCGGGACAUCUGGUUCACCAUGACCUUCGCCAACGACGCCGAAAUCUUCACCAAGAUUGUCGAGCUCAAUGAAGCCUUCGUGAACGAGUGGAAAGCGACCAAUGACCCCGACUUCAUCACCCAAUGCAUGUUCCAAUCUAUUCCGACCGUUUUCUCGAUGCACAGCGUGGAGAGAGGCGGAAACGUCAUGGGUCUUGACGCAGUUGACCGGAAUGCCAUCAUGUUAUUGUUCAACAUCGCCGUCAAGACGGCUGACGAGGAAGCUGUUGCGAGACCCCUGUUACGCUCUUACGGCGAACAGAUGCAGGAAUUCGCCGCGAGCAAAGACGGCUUGGUCGACUGGCAGUUCAUGAACUACGCCGACGCAUAUCAGGACCCGCUGGCGAGCUAUGGCUCCGACAAUGUGGAGAAGAUCCGGGCGGCCGCCAGAAAAUUCGAUCCCAAGGGUGUAUUCCAGACCAAAGCGCCAGGUGGUUUCAAGAUCUCGCGUGUGGGAACUGGAGCAGCUGGUGUGGAGGAAAGAGACAUGUUUGGUAAUGUGGGGGCGGAACCGAAGACUGCGGCGAAUUUGAGUGAUGCUUAG